GUUAUGGCAAUGUAACGAGCUUAAAAUCGGUAUGCUCAAAAUACGGCAGGAGAGGCACAAUUUCAUAAAACAAAUUCGUGAACCAUCGAUAUUUCUUUUUCGCGGUGAUAGACGAAAGUUGAAAGAACGAGUUACGAAAAUAGAGUUUGAUUAAUCGGCGACACAGAAAUUAUUUUGGAAUGGAUGAAAUAAUGUGGUCAACUCCGAUAAAAAAUGGAAACAAAUGUGAUGGUCUACCAGUACAAAGUCCUGUAUCGUUUGAGACACCUGUGAAACAACGUGAUACGUAUUUAAGACAUGCACAGUAUCAAAGUAACAUGAGCAAUUUCACUGUUCUUCCGAGCCAUAUAACUCCGCCAUCUGGAUUAACAAAAUUUAUAGCAAGAAAUCCAUUUGAGACUGAUUUAACUAAUAGACUGCAUUUAUCUGUGAUUAGCCCAACCGUGUUUAGCAAGGAUACACAGGUUUCCAGUCCAUUCCAGCAACAUACAGACUUUACAUGGAGCGUGGACGAAUUGGCCAUGAUACAGCCAGCAAAAAUAGAAGAAUUUCCUACGCAACAGAUAAAUUGUAUAGAUCCAGAAACUGAGAUAAAAGCUCAAGCUGCCAUCGAUCGAUUUUUCAAGGAGAAUCAAAUUAUUCCCAGUCCGUGGGAACUAAAAAGAAAGAACAAUAGAAUAAAAGAAAAAGUAGAUACUCCCAAAAGAGCUUCUAGCAAUUUGCAUUCAGAGUCUUCCCGAUCAAAGAAAGAUGGUUGGUGUCAAACAGUAUUGUCGUUACCAUCGGAAUUGCCGCCGCACGUUGCAGAAGCGUUGAAACCAUAUUUUACAUUUAAUCAAGAACAAAACGUUGAAAGCGAUGAUGCAAAUUCGAGUAACAACUCAUUGAGACGAAAAUUAUUCUUUAAUAAUGACGAUUAUAUGGACAACGAAAACGAAACUUCCGUUUACUUAUCUCCUAUGCAAGUAAAUGGAUCUUUGGUACUGUCUUCUAGUCCUCCACAAAGUGGAAUGUUAAUUCACGGAACUCCGAUAAAGCAUUCGGAAAAUAUGAAUAACAAACACGAAACAUCUCAAAUUUUAAUUGGGAAUUUAUCACCUCCUAAUAUAUCUCCUAUAAAAACUGCAGAGAGUAACACGUUCGAUGAAAGUAUGAGAUCAAAAUCUCGUUCGGUUGCUCGAUUAGAUUUUACCACAGAGAUGAGCAUAGAUCAAUCUUCUUCGAUUCAUAAAGAAUAUUCCAAGGACCUCUCUCCAGAUGAGUCUCUGAACGAAAUCAAUGAACGAGUAAUAGAAAAUAAAAUGGAGAAAUUUGUGCAUUUUAAUAGUAAUUCCACGUGUGUUCAAAUCAAUGAUUUUUUAACAGAGACAAAAGUUAUAUCGAAGAGCUCGAAUCAUUCCAACCAGUAUCAGAAAACCGAAGCACCCGAAUAUCAUUUUAAACAACAUAAUACCGUUAACGUGUUCAAACAAUUAACUGAUUCUUGCAAGAUGCAUACAAACGAAAAUUGCAUACUGCAACAAACUAAUGGAACAUUAGGUAUCUCUGAUCAGCAAAGCGUUUCUAAUUCCGUACAAGAUACUGGUUAUCAGACGUGCAGUAUAAACAAUACAAUAAACAUUACCGAUAGUUACAACUGUACGCCUGUGAAACAAAAAGCAUAUUGGGGAGAUGAGAUUUUAUCGACCGACGACGACUUCCGCCUAUCCAAUUGGAAGGAAAACAUAAAGAAUAUAUUUAGCUCUACACCGUCAAGGACGAACAGGGAAUGGGAUAAUAAAAUAUAA